CCGCUAAACAGCCCACCAUCCCAUCCCAUCCCACCCAAGGCGAAACCCAAGAAUGCCCUCGCAUCGUCACCGUCAAUUGUCCAUGGUGCCAUGCAUGAAUGCUGUGCCGAGUCUUCAGCUUCUUUUGCAGCAACCCACCAUUGUACCCCGCGACCAGAAUUCUUGUCUCAGGCCUUAACUGGAGUUGUUGCUAGGAUGCGAUGUGGAGGGACAAGACUAUAAUCGAUUGAGGGAUGUCAACCAGCUGCGACCGGUGAGAUAGCGUUUGUAUGUCAAAUCGAAUCCAAUUGUAUUAUUUAUUGUGCACUGAUGCUGAUGGAGGAUUGGUGGGCUGUGGAUAAGACGGGUGUCCAAUUUUUGGCGCUCGUCCAGCAAGCGAAAGGCUCCAAUGAAGACGAUCCAAGUAAGCCUGGAGAUCACUGCCACCGGUGCGGUGCGGUGCAAGUCCAAUUUCCAAGUUUUCUUGCAACUUCUGGAUGGAUGGUAUGGCACGGCUGGUGGCUGCAUGAGAACCAACAACUGCAGCCAAGCAUGUGUCCGACCUGUAGGGGAUGACGCCAGUUGAUCGUCAUGGAAUCAUGGUCAUGGUUGCUUCUGGAAGCCUGCGUACGCAGGGCCACGAGGAUGAAAGCGUUGACUCGAUGAUGAUCCCGUCCGCUCUCAACCCUGUAGUCGGUUACUUGGUCUCAUUCGCUCAAUCCUGAUUGCUCGACCGUGACUGCGAUCGUCCUCCGUCAGAAACCACGGUGGCGAUCGCCAGUCUGCAUGGGCAGAAGCUUUUUGCGUAUCCGGCAGAUGGUGUGAGUCUUGGGACAAGAAUUAUCGUCACCAAAGUAAGAAAGCCGUUCUGAUCUCUUGACCAGUCGUUGUGACUGCCCAGAUACGACUUCGAUAGUGAGGGACGUUUCAACGGUUUCUCGGCGCCAACUCAAGAGGGUGACGAUAUCCGAGCAUCAAUGAUGAUGUUGACCUCGGGCCCGGAUAACCACAACCGUACCAAUGCCAAUGCUAAUGCCCUAGCCUGGCUUGAGAAUCACCAGCUUUGCCAGAACCUCGUGACCUUUGGAUGAGUGAGUAAGAGUGAGUGACUCAGGACAGUGGUGUGAGUAGUAGUCAGUCACCCAAUCGCACUGAUGCUGCCCAGCUCGUCCAUAGCUCGGGAAGCAGAAGGCCGAGACACAGCUGAGGGAGCUUGGUCUUAUCGCUGUCGUCUUCGCUUAUCCAAAGUACUUUUGCUGGCCAUUCAAAUGCCUCGCGUAGUCGAUAAAGCAUCAAGACACGAAAUGCACGACAGAUCACGCAACAAUAUAAACAUGCAUCCACAUACCUUGUAGAGAUCGAAACUUGUUCCUCCUCCGCUCUUCAAGAAAAUCCGAGGUCACCUGGAUCAUCUCCGAUCUGGAGUACCAUGGAACGGGCAUGGUCGGGUAUAGUCGAGUCGGCAUGAUGAGCGAAAUAUCCCUGAACGGAGUAGGCCGAAGAGAGUCAAGUAUCUGUGUCGAUGUUCGCGAAGCGAGAUAUGCUAAAGGAUAAUUCUUCGAUGGUGGAUAUUGGAUUUUGCAUUCGUUGCUUCGACCUGGAAGCGAAUGUGCAGUCGUGAACUAUAUACCCAAAGCCUUAGGUGAGGGAUAAGAAGGCUGGCUCACCAUAUUGCUACCAGAGCAUGUGCCACGGCCUUCAAAGCUAUACAAGGUUUCGAAUCUGGAGAGAGUCACAAGCUGAUUUGUGUUCCGAUCAACAUCGGCCCCGACGACAUGGUCCACUUGAGACACUCUCUUUUCUGUUGGACUUGCCUCGAAGAAAAGAUUCCUCGUCAACAAUUUCUCCUAGCAGGCGCGUCCGUCGAAGCGAAGCGACAAAAGUCAAGUCAUGAGUGUUCAUAUCUUGGGCAUUCUCAAGCGAUUGCUACACAGUGAUCCAAAAUAUCCAACUGACCAUGUCAUAAAACUCCUCAUUUGCCCAUGCUAAGCAUUGCUCACAGCUGACGUCCAUCAAUUAUUCCAACAGACUUCGUACAACUCAUCAGUUGGUACCGGUAGUGUAUCCAAAUUGGCGCAUACAUGUCUCCCGACAUUUGCAAAUCCCUCUCCGCAUGAAAACUUUUGGACACUCCAUCACAAGUCUUUGGUCCUUUCCUCGCUCUCGGCGAUCCACCUGUCCAAAGCUGCCUUGUUUCGGAGACGGAAGCCCACCUUGAACGGCUUGGGCUCCGUGGUCAAUGCUGUAGGAAUACUAUUGCAUUCCAGCGCAUCAAGCACCGGCCAGUCAGCCGAGUCUUUGGCCGGCACAAACUUGAAGGCAAUGAUCAUGCGCAAAAAGGCCGUGUAAAUCUCACGGUUGGCCAGAUGCGAUCCCACACACAUACGGCUGCCAGCUCCAUAUCCAUAAUGAGGUGUGCCACUACCCUCUUGGUCGUUGAGAUAUCGCUCGGGGAUGAACUUGGCUGGGUCCUUGAAAUGCGUGUCGUCAUAGUCUGCCGCCCAUGCAUUCAUGUAGAAUACACUGCCAGCUGGGAUUACUGUAUCAUUGUACUUGAUGUCUUUGAUACUGGUUCGGGGCAGGCAGAUUGGGAUGACUGUCCAGAAACGGAGAAUCUCCUUGGUGAGUGCCGUGAUGUAUGGCACCUUUUCCUCAACCAAACACUUUUCCCACGCCUCGUCCUCUGUGGAGUAGACUUUCAUGAUCUCCUCAUACGCCUUGUCUUGGAUGUGUUGACCCUCGGGGGAUGCAAGAUAGCCCAAGCCCAUGAUCAUGUUGCCGGGUACGGUGUCAAUGCCUGCCGAGACCAUGGUCAGGCAGAUCGACUUGAGUUCGGCAUCAUUCAAUGUCUCCUCUGGGUCUUUGAUGAUAUUGCCAGUGAUACAAGGCUUGUCUGUACCGUUGGCAAUCCGUUCCUUGAGCAUGUUCAAGAAAGUGGUCAGGUAUUUGUCCCGUCGUGCUCGAUAUUCGGCAGCAGACUUGUUCUGUCGAGAGAUGAAAGGCAGUCGCAGAAGCGGGAUAUAAUCUUGCCAGUUGUUGGAGGUGCUUCGGAAGUUGGAAACAACUCUCUCGACAUGGACAACUGUGGGCGCCUGUUAGCUUUCUGUCAUCUCGAUCGGAACACAGAUGAAAACUUGCCUUCUCGGAGCAGCUCUUGGUCGAUGCCUCCGUCAAUGCGGAUACCGUAGUUGAGAGUCAAACUCGUGUUCAGGGCAAAGCGGUGGAAGUAUUUCCGGGGGUCCAGGUCCACUGUACCAUCUUUGCAAUCCUUAAGCAUGUCCCUGAUUGCAACGGUGCUUUCCAGGUCAAUGAAAGGCAUGUAGCUCUGGACAGCGGGGCGGUUGAGUGCUGUAGCGGCCACCUUGCGGCGUCGUUUGCACGAUUCGUCCCAUGGUGAAGUACCGAUGGUGAAACCUUGACUGCUUGAAACAACACUGUGGAAGGUAUAGAGAGUAGGUCUAGAAAUGAGGGAGGACUGGUUGGUGAUCCAGAAGUGCUUGACCGAGUCAAAGGUGUUGGCAAAAAUGAUACGUCGGUUCCCCAGCCGGGUUUGGAAGACUGGCCAACCGUAUUCCUUGGCCCAUUUUGCCGUCACUCUUGCAUGAUCCUGUCCGAGUUGCAAGAGAUUGCCAAAGAUUGGGACACCGGGGAUUUCGGGCAAGCCCUUGAUCUUUGGUUGAUCGGUAGAAUUGAAGUACCUGAUGAGGAAGUAUCCCAAGGUCAAUAUCACAAACGAGAGGGUCGUCGGUGAUAGUGCGACGAGCAUCUUGACAAAUAACCGGCUACACUCUUGCUUAGGUAUUCGAGAAAUGUUUCAACGUCUUCACGAGGGGAAAGGAUCGUGAUGAGUGGCGCCCUGGCUCUCUGCAAGCGAGGAAAUGGAAGGAAGGAGGAGGAGGGAAGCAAUGGAAUGUAGUCGAGAUACGACGUCGAACAAAAUGAGGACGAGGCUCCUUAUAUCAACGAUCUCGUAUCACUGUUCUUUAUAGCGGAUGGAGAUUCAGCAAUGGAGGUUUCCUUGUGCAAUUGAACAACACCCUUAUAUGAUUGAGGUUAAACCAGACUAAAAUUGGGGACGAGACUGAUGGAAUUAGACGCGCUUACUGUCGGUACGACGCUGUCAAUGGACAGCCCGAGGGCCUCCGUGACGCCCUAGGGAGGGGUUGAUCGCUUGGACAAUACCGAAUGAGAAAGGAAGCAGAGAAGACGUGGGAUUGUCUCGUUUGUCCCCAG